AUGCAAACUCGCCUAAGUCUCUUACUGCUCCUCGCUCCCGCCUCCGUUCUCGCAUGGCCUCCCUAUACGCUCCCCAUCGCCGAGGCAGAUGUCACAACCAGUGCCGAUUCUGCACUACCUUCUUCUAUUGUGGCGGACACCUCUGACAACUCCACAACAGCAGCUGUUGGGUCCUACCCAGGUGCUGGUGGAAUGGGUGGUUUGGGUAACUCAACCGCUACCGACCAAGAUUCUACCGCCACGGCCAUCCCCACUUUGCUUCCAGGCCAGACUGCAACCAAUAGCUCCGGAAACUCCACUGGAUCAGAGGAUGGCAAUUCAGGUACUUCAACUUUGUCUCCCGACUCUGGCUCCAGCUCUGGGUCUAGCGGAUUUUACAACUCAUCGUCAUCUGGCAAUUCCACAGGUAGUGGAUCUGGAUCGAAAGCUUCGGGAUCCGCUUCGAUUUCAAGCUCUGCUAAAAGUAGCAGCAGCGCAUCUGGCAACUCUACUGGAUCUGGAAACAGCUCUGGCGCAGCUCAAGCUUUAGGGAUCCCAGUUGGCGCGGGUAUUUUGGCCGGUGCCAUGGCACUCUUGUUGUAA